UCAAACACCUCAGAAAUACAUAAUGUGGAAAAUGAAAGAAUCCCACCCCUUAAAGGUGAAAGAGCUCGUCCUGGACAACUGCCGGUCGAUUGAAGGCAAAAUCGAAGGCCUCACAGAUGAAUUUGAGGAACUGGAGUUCUUAAGUACAAUCAACGUAGGCCUCACCUCAGUCGCAAACUUACCAAAGUUAAACAAACUUAAGAAGCUUGAACUAAGCGAUAACAGAAUCUCAGGGGGCCUGGAAGUAUUGGCAGAAAAGUGUCCGAACCUCACGCAUCUAAAUUUAAGUGGCAACAAAAUUAAAGACCUCAGCACAAUAGAGCCACUGAAAAAGUUAGAAAACCUCAAGAGCUUAGACCUUUUCAAUUGUGAGGUAACCAACCUGAACGACUACCGAGAAAACGUGUUCAAGCUCCUCCCGCAGCUCACGUAUCUCGAUGGCUACGACCGGGACGACAAGGAGGCCCCUGACUCGGAUGCCGAGGGCUAUGUGGAGGGCCUGGAUGACGAUGAGGAGGAUGAGGAUGAGGAAGAGUAUGACGAAGAUGCUCAGGUAGUGGAAGAUGAGGAAGAUGAAGAGGAAGAGGAGGAAGGAGAAGAGGAGGAUGUGAGUGGAGAAGAGGAGGUAAGGGGCCGGGCAGCACAGGGGCACUCUCUCCGGGGUGGGGGGGUCCCCCUUACUUGCUGCCUUUUCGCAUUCGUAUGUUAAUUCAGGUAUUUACUGAGCACUUGGAGUCAUUUGAGGGAAAACCAAAGACUGCUUUGAACCAGUGGGUGGUAGGAUAAGACACCGCCGGGCGCCACAUCAGAGUGACGGGUGCCUAGGGUCCCUAGCACAUGUGGGAAUACUGCUGUUAUCCUGAUGGCUUGCUCCCAGUUUCUUAACAAGGCCUCUGCGUGUCUGUGAGGGUUAAUACAGCACAGUCUGGGGGGCGGGGGGUGCAGCCACUUGCUGGGUGUGUGUCCCUGGACAAGUGCCUUAACCUUUCUGAACCUAUUUCUUCAUCUGUAAAAUAGGUAUUGUUUUGCAUCUGGGUUGUUAAUAGGGAUCGACUCAGUGAAUUCUUAAGAGAAUAUAAUGAUUUGUAAGUAAUAAUUUGAGGACAGUGUUUGACCACCUACUAUUUUAGGCUUCUACACCCUUCAAGGUUCUUGGCUCUGUGUGCUAGGUUUUGUGUUUGGAUGUUCGGAGUCUCUCUGUAGCAGUCAUGUCCAUGACUUGUUCGGAAUUCUAAGUCAGCUCUUCCUAAUUACAAAAGUUAGACCUGGAGAGGCUUAAAAUGACAACAGCAUGGACAGGUACCUGCCUUCCCCCGAUUUCCUGUCUCUAUCCGUUGAGAGUGCAGACACCUGCCUGCCACACAGACCCACUUGGGCAGGAUCUCCGGGCCACCCCACGCUUGGGAGAGUCGGGUCAAGGCGAACAGAAAAAAGCCAGUGCGAUCAGCCUGGUUCCUGUCUCAUUCAGCUGCUGGGUUUCCCUUCUCCCUAGGUGUGGGCCACUAGGCUCAGCUCUAAAAAAUAUCGCGAGUAUUUUAAAAAUAAAGACUUAGAAAAACAGGUCCCUCCCAGGACAGGGCGGUAGGGCUGGUUGGCUAAUGGAUUUUUUGUCUUGCACUUACUGUCACGGGAGCCACAGCGUGCAGGGCUUUU